AUGGAAUCAAUCUCUAUGAUGGGAAGUCCUAAGAAUCUCAAUGAAACUUUUCUACCAAAUGUUGCUAAUGGCAUCAAGGAUGCCAGUAAGAUCACAAUAGGUGUCAUUGGAAGUGGAGACUUUGCUAAGUCAUUGACAAUUAGACUUAUCCGAUGUGGGUACCAUGUGGUUGUAGGAAGCAGAAACCCUAAGCUUGCUGCUGAGUUCUUUCCCCAUGUGGUUGAUGUCACUCACCAUGAAGAUGCAGUGGCAAAAACAAACAUCAUUUUUGUAGCCAUACACAGAGAACAUUACACCUCUUUGUGGGACCUCAAACAUUUGCUCACUGGUAAAAUCCUGAUCGAUGUCAGCAAUAAUACAAGAGUAGACCAGUAUCCAGACUCCAAUGCAGAGUACUUGGCGUCACUUUUCCCGGAUUCCCUGAUCGUCAAAGGAUUCAAUGUCAUUUCAGCUUGGUCACUGCAGUUAGGACCAAAGGAUGCCAGCAGACAGGUCUAUAUAUGCAGUAACAAUGUUCAGGCUCGCCAUCAAGUUAUUGAACUUGCCCGUCAGCUCAGUUUUAUUCCUAUUGAUUUGGGGGCAUUGUCAUCUUCAAGGGAGAUUGAAAACUUACCUCUGCGGCUGUUCACACUGUGGAAGGGGCCUGUAGUGAUUGCCAUUAGCCUGGCAACAUUUUUCUUCAUCUAUUCCUUCGUCAGAGAUGUAAUCCAUCCGUACGUGAAAAAUCAGCAGAGUGACUUUUACAAGAUCCCCAUCGAGAUUGUGAACAAGACUCUGCCAACCGUGGCUAUCACUUUGCUUUCUCUAGUGUAUUUGUCAGGACUUAUGGCAGCUGCCUAUCAGCUUUACUAUGGUACCAAGUACAGGCGAUUUCCACCGUGGCUGAGCAACUGGCUCCAGUGUCGGAAGCAGCUCGGGCUGCUCAGUUUUUUCUUUGCAGCAGUGCACGUGGCAUACAGCCUCUGCCUGCCCAUGAGGAGGUCGGAGCGAUACCUCUUCCUCAACAUGGCGUAUCAGCAGGUCCACGCAAAUGUGGAAAAUUCUUGGAAUGAGGAAGAAGUGUGGCGAAUUGAAAUGUACAUCUCCUUUGGAAUAAUGAGUCUCGGAUUGCUUUCUUUGCUGGCAGUGACUUCCAUCCCUUCAGUAAAUAGUGCCUUAAACUGGAGAGAGUUCAGUUUUAUUCAGUCUACCCUUGGAUACGUUGCUCUGCUCAUAAGUACUUUCCAUGUACUGAUUUAUGGAUGGAAAAGAGCUUUUGAAGAAGAGUAUUACAGAUUUUAUACACCACCAAAUUUUGUUCUUGCACUUGUUCUCCCUUCCAUUGUAAUUCUAGGUAAGAUCAUUUUACUUUUGCCAUGUGUAAGCAGGAAACUGAGAAGAAUUCGAAGAGGAUGGGAGAAAAGCCAUGUUACAGAAGAAGCAAGUGGGUCUGUUCCACAUCUCUCUCCAGAAAGGAUAACUGUGAUGUGAUGAUAGACUAAUAUUUGUU